UUGACACAUUUUGGUGGUAGUGACUAAUAUUCUCUACCUACUUGGAUAGUUGUGAAUCAUUUGAAGCCUUUCCUUUCAAAUUAAGCUUCUUCUUUGAGCAGGACAUGGAGGAAGUGAUGGAUUGCAUGCAUUUGUUCCUUCUUUGGAUUAUGCUGUAAAUGACAUGAAAAACUUUCUCUCAAAGGUUUUAGAUGAAAAUCCAGGACUUCCGUGCUUUUGCUUUGGACAUUCAACUGGUGCAGCAAUUGUCCUUAAGGCAGCACUUGACGUGAAGGUGAGAGCUAAUAUAGCUGGUAUUAUAUUGACUUCUCCUGCUAUAGGAAUUCAACCAACUCAUCCAAUUAUCACAGUUCUGGCUCCAGUGGUCUCUUUCCUGAUGCCAAGAUUCCAAUUGAGCGCGGCAAAUCAAACAGGUAUAACAGUAUCUAGGGAUCCAUCAGCAUUAUUAGCCAAGUAUUCAGAUCCACUAGUAUUCACUGGAUCCAUUAGAGCAAGAACUGGUUACGAGAUCCUUCGGAUCACUGCCUACUUGCAACAGAAUAUGAGCAAGUUGACAGUACCAUUCCUAGUUCUUCAUGGCACCGAUGAUGCAGUAACUGAUCCAGAAGGCUCUAAGAAACUCUAUCAAGAGGCUUCUUCAACUGACAAAAGUAUCAAGCUAUGUGAAGGAUUGCUGCAUGACUUGCUAUUCGAACCUGAAAAAGAAGAAGUUGUGAAGGAUAUAAUUGAAUGGUUGAACCAAAGAUUGUGAAGAUGUUGAAGACUCAAAGGAAUAGCUUGAUCAAACGAGGUAGAGGGACAACUUGAGUUCGAGGAGAUUGGCUGCGCCAAGUUUGAGAUUUCCCUCAAUGAGAGCCUAUAUAUUAAGUGAGGGAAGAGAAUUGAACUUGCUAAAUAAGUUCGAGCACAUUGAACAUGGAGAAGCUUAAUUGCACUGUUAAUUAAUGUAAUGUCAUCUAAUCAGUGGCGACAUUGCUCAAGAUGUUGCUUAUGGUAGUUUAAUAUUUUGACAACCACUCAAAUUGCACAACCAAAUGGGACUUUCGUAAGAAUGGUUAUAACAUCAUCCAUUAAAAGGUGUUUUUGGUAAUACCUUAGUAAGUUUUGGUUGAAUAACCAAAGUAACGUCUACCUAGGCAACUUUUAACAUUGUAUAUAUCUUUUCUGCUAAUGAUAAAUUAAAAAAUUUCAUGGAAAGAUUAUCUCUUGGUUAAUAUAUUUAUUUCUUACAAUGUCUUCACCGAGAUAGGCUUUCUGUGCAGUAUGCAUCAAUUGAUUGAUGAGAUAAAAAGAUGCAUGUAUCUUCAUACACGAUUUUCAUACAAUCAUCUAUAGUGUUUGAUAGUGUGUAUU